UGAAGACACGCCCACGUCGAACUGUCAGCUGCUCAGUCCAAGAUGGCGCUGUCCUAUAGAGGGGUAUGCCGCGGGGCUUCAUUGAUCUUACUGUACGGAAAACGACCUGUCGGGGUUAAAGCAAGUCUCUGCACACCUAGACUGGCUUCCACAAAAUCCAGUUUGUGGUUUGUUAGACACUACUCUCCUUCACAAGCGAGGAGUGGGAUUGGUCGAAGCGUUGUGUCCGGCCUGAAAUGGGCCAAUGAGAAAUAUGAGAGAUUCCUGCAACGUCGCUUUCCAAGAUUUUACGUCAUUUAUCACACUUUUAUGAGAGGUUUCCGGCUCCUGUUUCAAGAUGGUAAAGAAGUGAGAAGAAUCGUGUCCCGCAUGCUCAGUGAAAGAAUAGAGCACCAGAAUUUGCCUUACCGUGACAUGGAGAAAAUCAGGCAGGUCCGCAAGGACUUAAUCAAAGCCAUUCCAUUGGUCAUCUUAUCAAUACCUCCUUUUGCCAACUAUGUGGUCUUCAUCCUUAUGUACCUCUAUCCUCGUCAGCUUCUGAUCCGGCACUUCUGGACCCCACAGCAGUUGGUGGAGUUUCGGGGGGUGUAUCAUGCCCAGAGAGCCCAGCACCACUGGGCUAUAGUCAAAGGGAUGGAGAGCACUUCAACAUCGGUCCAAGAUACCCGACUCAAAAGCCGCCUUACAGAGCUCUGCAGUAAGGUCCGAAGUGGAGUCCAUCCUGUGGUGUCUGAUGUCCAUGCAGUGAGAACUUUGUUCUCUGGACCUCCCUUGGGUAUCAAGAGAAUGUAUGCAGAUCAGAUGAGACACCUCUGUGCAUUGCUCUUUCUGACGCCCCGCCUCCCAGGCUUCUGGAUUGGUCGACGUUUGAACAGCCACGCCUUUGAACUCAUGCAGCUUGACCGUGCCAUUGUUCGAUUAGGCUUGCAUCAGUUAAACGACACAGAGCUCAGAGAGGCAUGUUACGUGAGAGGUCUGAAUCCAGACCGCCUGAGUUCAGGACAGUGCCGGGAAUGGCUCACACAGUGGUUGCAGUUCUCAACACACCUUAAAGAGUCUGAGACCUCUCUCUAUCUGCACUGUAUGGUCCUGCUAACUGUAAACUUCCCUAAACACCCACGUCACUGACAUCUGGGGGAAGUAAAUGACUUCUCUUCUAAAUGUCCAGCACUGAUCAUCCACCACCACACCCAAAGGCAAAACACAGCGGGAACAAACAGACUUGUGUACGCAAGUCGCACGUUACUUUAAUAAUGAAGGCAUUUUUUUUUUAGGUUUUUGCAGGAAUUAUUCUUUAAAGGGUCUGUCAUGCUUUAAAUGUUUUUCUUGGAGAUGUAUCCAAUUUUGUUUACUUCAGUAAGGAACAGGUAGGAGGGACAUGCUCACUGAAAGAUGUCAUCGGGAUUCUGGAAUUUGUCUAAUAAUUUCAUAAUUUUUUUCCCCCCAUAUAGACAGGGUGUGUAAUUAAUGACGUACAUUUACACUGGGAGAGUUUCUAACCACAUCUGAGACAACAAGCACACUGAACAUCUGCCAAAUGCAUCCAUUUGGAAUUAAAACUCAUUGGUCUUAUAUUGAACAUUUUCAUUCUGAAUAUUUAUUCUACUAACAACAGUUGUUCAUGCACAGUCAUUUGUGAAUUGCAUUUUGUACCUUUGUUUAAAACCUGCACUGGCAAGUAUCACCCAUCACAUUCAUUUUUCUAGUUUCUCUCUCAGAUUGUUUAAAAUGUUUUAUCAUAGAAACCCAUUUUUUAUGUUUUAAAUCCGAUGUCAUAACUGAAAAGAGGUUUACAGCCUUUAAAAAUACUGGAGAUAAAGUGUAUUCCUUAAUAUAUUAUUAAGCUAUGUUCUAUAAUGCAGCAUAUACUUAUGUUAAUUACAUUUGUUAUUUAUUUUUGAGUUCUAAUGACUACAUAAACAAUAUUGCACCUCGUUCCUGUCCUAUCCAAUAAGAAGCUGUUUGCUGUGAGUACUGGUCAUAGCAUUUCUGUUAAGCUAAAUGAGUCUUGUCAAGUUCUGAAAUAACUUCUUAUUCAGCCUUUUAAUAGGUGCCUUUUACUUAAGAACACAGGUACAAACGAGGUGCAGCUCAUGCAGUUAUCUUUAUAUGUUGCCAAAUGUGUUGCUUUAUUUUGUUUUUAUAUAAAGAGACAAUGCUGUUUGGUUCGGUGUUAAGGUACAUAGUCAGUGCAGUAUGAAAAUAUUGGAACUUCUAUUAAAAGACUUCAAUCAU